AUGAUAAACAAAGAAAAAGAGAGGAUCUCUUCUUCACCAGCCCGAUCACCCAAUGAAAACCAGAAUUCUGAAUCUGUCGAAGAAGCAGUUUUGAAAUAUGUAGGUCUACAACAGCAAUUGUUACAAUACGAGCAAGAUAAACAUCAACGAGAACCGGAAGAUGAACAAGACCAAGAACAGACCAAUACCAAUGACAAUACCCGUGCUACUACUCUAAGUACUACCACUAAUGCUGCUGCUGCUAGUGAUGAUGAUGAUGGUAAGUUGCAUGCUAGCGAGAACCAAAAUGACCGUAUCGAGUCAUUAGCUUCCUUGCCAGACCAUGGGAAUGAAAGCUGGCAAAACGAUACGGAUGUCACGAUGGCUGCUGUAGCUAAUGCGUUCGAAAAAAACAGGAAAAGAUUCCAUGCUUUACAAGAUUCUGAUUACACAACAACCCACGACGAAAAUACUACUACUAGUGUUCAGAAAAAGGCUACUACCACUAGGAAAAAAAUCAAGCUUGAAAAACAAACAACUAAGAAUCAUGAGAUCCAACAACAAAAUGACAUGAAUAUCGUGGCUAAUACCGCCACUAGUACUGUAAUGGUUGAUCCUGCAUUGGCCACUUUGGAUCAUAAUCAUGAUGAAGAAAGAAGAAGAAACUAUGAAUUAGUCAAUAAGGCAAUAUUAGACACUGACACAAUCUCUCAAAACGCAGAUUUUCAACAAUACUUGAAUACCGAAAAGAUUUCUAAACAAGACGAUGAGAACCAUAGCAAUAAUCAUCGUCGUCGUCGUCAAAUAGAUUUAGGUGUCAACUUUGAACUGCCAGAUGUACUCGAUUCUAAAGGCUCUAACCAUGAGCAAACGUCAUCUGCUGAUAAAGAUGAUAAAAAAACGUUUCAAAAUGAGGCAGAAGAAGAACCUGACCAAACUGAUAAACGAUCCUCAUCUGCGACACGUGCACAUAUGACUGAUAGAAUGGUUGAAGAACAUAAUAUUGAACGAUUGACUUCAACAUUGCCCGAUAUACCAAGUCCUAGCCAAUUUCAGCUGGAAAUAGCGCUACAACAACAACAGCAACAACGACAACACCCACACCAGCAACAUAUUCAUCGUCCAUAUCAUUCCAUUGAAGACGAACAAACGCUCAAAUUGUUAGAUGAGGCAGUAAAAAAAGCAUCAUCAUUAAUUGACGUUACGACAAGAAGCUCUAAAACAAAGUCAUUUAACAAACUCGAGGAUGUUGCAUUAGAAACUUUCGUGGCAGCUUACGAACAAAUUGAAGGCAUAACCAGAAAUCAAGUCUGUCAAAGAAUUUGGAGUAAUGAUCGACCAAGAGAUAAUUUUUGGAAUAAUAUUUAUAAAGUUUUACCAUAUAGAUCAAACUCUUCCAUUUAUAAGCAUAUGAGAAGGAAAUAUCAUAUUUUUAACCAACGUGGGAAAUGGACCGAAGAAGAAGAAAGACAACUGGCUGAACUUUGUAAAGACAAAGAGGGUCAGUGGUCUGAAAUUGGGAAGAUAUUAAAUAGAAUGCCAGAAGACUGUCGAGAUAGAUGGAGAAACUAUGUUAAAUGCGGGAGCAAGAGAGCUUCUAAUAAAUGGUCUGAAGAGGAAGAAAGUCUUUUAAAGAAAAUCAUAACUGAUAUGUUGUUAGAGGCAGAACUGAAAAGGACCCAAGAGUUAAAUUCUAACGAAAAUGAAAAUGAAAAUGAAAAUGAACAGACUUCUCAACAACAACUCUCAGGCAUAGAUCAUAAAGAGGCCGCUGAUGAAAGGGAACAAGACGAACAUGAAGCAAGAAAUGACAUUGUCGAUAAUGCACAAGUAGACACCGAAUUACAACAGCAAGACCAGGAUGAACACCAACAAGAACCUAACUAUCAAAAUGGAGAAGAAGCUGGCAUAUAUAACGUAGGGAACCAGGACAACAAUGGUGCUACCGAUAUCUUGAAAAAUAAAAUGAAUAAUGAUGAACUUUCAGCCUUAGAUUUACUGGAAACACCAGCUGAAACUAAUAGUGCUACAUUACCUCAAUCGAAUAAAAUAAAAGAAAUUAAAAAGUUCCCAGGGUUGAAUUUCAAAGAUGUUAUCAAUUGGACAGUAAUUAGUGAGAGAAUGGGAGGAACAAGGUCACGUAUCCAAUGUCGUUAUAAAUGGAAUAAAUUAGUUAGAAGAGAUGCAAUAAAUAAUCUCCAGCAUAUCACUAAUGAAGAAAAGAGAUGGCUAUUCGGUAAGAUAUUGGAUUUGGGUUUUACAGAAGAAUCUCAAAUAAAUUGGGAUGAACUAUCAAAUUUAAAGCCUGGGAUCAAAUGGAGUGGAUUAGAAUUGAAGCUAUGUUAUGAAAGAUCGAAAAAAUAUGUAAGAGAUGGCAAAACAAAAAAUGUCGGCGAUCUUUGUAAAGAAUUAAUUGUUUCACGUGAACUGAGCGAUUCUAUAUGA